AUGAGGCCCCCGUCUAGAGAGGAGGAGGCUUCGCCCCCGGCCCCGAAGCUGGCAAAGGAUAAAAAGAGAAAGAGGGUCUCGACCUCCGAGACUCCAAAGUCCAAGAAGAGUAAGGCUCGUAAGUCGAAGAAAGACACCGCCGUCCUGCCUGCGGAUCUAGUUCAGCGACUAAGAGAGAAAGAAGAAGAAAAUGAAGAUGCUGGCUUCGAGCUGGUGGCCCGAACGAAGAGGAUCACCGAGGCUCCAAAAGCCGCUGAGCCGGUGAGGGUCGAAGAGAUUCAGCCUCGAACCGAGGAGAUCUCAGAAGAGGGCCCGAGCAAAGUCCCCGAGUCGUCGGAGGAUGAAGAUGCCUCCCGCCGAAAUGAGCAAUCGAUGGGUGCUGCCGAGCGUGUCAGGUACCAGUCUCGAAGAGAGACUCUUGAGGAGAUUCAUGCUCGUGGCUUUAACCUUGCUAUCGAGAUCGAGAAUGCGAAAGAGCUCGAGGCCAAAGCCAAAGCGUUGCUAUCCUCCAAUGAUGAUGAUUCUAGGAGCGUGAGUGGAUUUCGAUGGCGAAGGCGUAGCUCCCGAGGGAAAUUAGGCACUUAG